AAUUAAUAAGACAGCUAGUGAUCCCACUGAACCAGUAGGUGAUUUCUCCAGCAAUUCCCAAGUAUAAAUCAUGGUGCAGACUAUUAAAGACAUGAAUGAAUUCAAAACAUUUUUGAAAGCUGCUGGACACAAACUUGUGGUGGUUGAAUUUUCAGCAAAAUGGUGUGGUCCAUGUAAAAGGAUAUGUCCUCUUUUUCACGCAAUGUCUCUGCAAUACCAAAAUGUAAUGUUUGCCAAUGUGGAUGUGAACGAUUCUCCGGAAUUGGCUGAAGUUUGUCACAUCAAAGCAAUCCCAACAUUUCAGAUGUUCAAGCAAGUCCAGAAGGUAACCCUAUUCUCAAGAAUCAAAAGAACAAUUUGCUGUUAUAGAAGUGGAUUCGUGAGCCAGAGGAUUUUUGAACUUUGUGGUGCUGACGCUAACAUGUUGGAAAUGAAGAUUCAAGAGCUAAUGUAAGCUGAACAAAACAUAAUACACUGGUGACAUUUUAACAG